CCCUGGCCCGGCGCCGCAGGCUCUCCACGGGAGAGGGGCGGGGAGCCUCGAGCAUCCCCUUUCCCCGGGGCGGGGUCUGCUCUCCUGCCCCCACGAGGCGGGCGGAGGGAGGGGGCCGCCCCGGCGCGGAGACAGGGGCCGCUCGCUCGCUCCCCCCCCCCUCCGUUCCAGGAAGCGCCGGGCUUUAGCCGCCCAGCCCGCAGCCGCCAUGCAUUGUGGGGUAGCAGGAGCAGAUCCAAGAUGGCGGCCAGCAGGAGGCUGAUGAAGGAGCUUGAAGAAAUCCGCAAAUGUGGAAUGAAAAACUUCCGUAAUAUCCAGGUUGAUGAAGCUAAUUUAUUGACUUGGCAAGGGCUUAUUGUUCCUGACAAUCCUCCAUAUGAUAAGGGAGCCUUCAGAAUCGAAAUCAACUUUCCAGCAGAGUAUCCAUUCAAACCUCCUAAGAUUACAUUUAAAACAAAGAUCUAUCACCCUAACAUCGAUGAAAAGGGGCAGGUUUGUCUGCCAGUAAUUAGUGCUGAAAACUGGAAGCCAGCAACCAAAACUGACCAAGUAAUCCAGUCCCUCAUAGCACUGGUGAAUGACCCACAGCCCGAGCACCCCCUUCGGGCUGACCUAGCUGAAGAAUACUCUAAGGACCGUAAAAAAUUCUGUAAGAACGCUGAAGAGUUUACAAAGAAAUAUGGUGAAAAGCGACCAGUGGACUAAAAUCUGACAAAAUUGAUGUCAGCAACGUGUGUUAGAAGAUCCGGAGCAGUGCAUUUCAGACACACCACAAAGCAGGACUCUAUGGAAAAUUGACAAGUGCCACCUUUUGGUGUUAACUUGUGGCUGUUACUAACUUUCUACAGUUUUCUUAAUCAAAAGUGGUCUAGGUAACCUGUAAAGAAAGGAUUAAACAUUUAAGAUGUUCUAGUUCUGCUUUCUUUGUUUAAAAAUCACUGCUUCAGUAUACUUUAAAGGAUGCUGUUUCUUUUUCUUGUCAGAAUUUAUCAAAAAUAUCUUAGACUUAUAUUCUGCCCUUAAAAUUCAAAAGGUUGUGGCUAUUUCUUAUUUUCCCUUGCAGUUCCCACUGUCUUGCGUUCAUUUAAUUUUUCAUUUAAUUUCUUCCCCCAAACUGAUGUCUUAGAAAACAUAUUCCUGUCCUGACAGAAAAUGGUUGAAUGUUUGGCAGUUCUGUUUACUUUUCUCUUUAGAUGUUGCACUGUGCUUUGUGGAACUUGGGUUGCAAGUUCCCCUUAACUUCAGUUUGUAACAUAAUAAACAA